CGGGGACUGAAGAGAACUUUACAACUCCCUCCCUCUUUACUCUAAAGAAAAAUUUUGAAAAUGGGAAAACGCUCAAUUAAGGAGGUUAAGGAUGCUGGUUUAGAAAAAAAUGUUGAAGGAGAGGCCAUAAAACGUAAAGAAAAAAAAGCCAAGCAUGAACACAAAAAGGAAAAGAAGGAAAAGAAAUCCAAGGACAAAUCCGACACGAAAAAGAAAGACAAGAAGGAAAAGAAAAGAAAGGAGAAGUCCGAUUCAGAGUCUGCAUCUCAAGAGGGAGGUAGCAAUGAUGAAGAAGAGAAGAAUACUUUAACAGAGGGUCCCUCUCAAUCCGUGGCAAACGAAGCUGCUUGCAAAGAAUAUGCAAAGAAGCAUGAAAUUAAUUAUGUGGAUCCUAUCAGUCAAACUCCUCUUUUACCUGUAUUGAAUUUUUCAGAGCUUCCAAUCGCAGACAAUUUAAGAUUGGGUUUGAAGAACUUCAAGGAACCUACUCCAAUCCAGUCAGCUUCAUGGCCUUAUUUGUUUGCCGGAAGAGACGUUGUCGGUAUUGCCGAAACCGGAUCCGGUAAAACAGUCGCAUUCGGCAUUCCAGCUCUUCAAUAUCUUCAAAAUCUGCCUGAUGAAAAGCCAACAACGCGUAUUUUGGUUGUUAGUCCUACUAGAGAGUUGGCUAUCCAAACAUAUGAAAAUAUCAAAGGCUUAACUUCCGAUGUCUCUUUUAAGGUUGCCGUCGUUUACGGUGGUGCCCCUAAAAGUGAACAAGCUCGUGCUGCUCGUAAUGCUAGUGUAGUCAUCGGUACCCCCGGUCGCUUACUUGAUCUAAUUAACGACGGUGCUGUCGAUUGCUCAAACGUGGGAUAUUUGGUGUUGGAUGAGGCCGAUCGUAUGUUGGAUACAGGUUUCGAGCAAGACAUUCGUAACAUUAUAAGUCAAACGCCCAAUCCAUUAAAAGGAGAAGCCCGCCAGACAGUAUUUUAUAGUGCUACUUGGCCAGAAUCUGUUCGUGCACUUGCGGCUACCUUUUUGAAGGAUCCUGUUAAGAUCACUAUUGGAAGCGACGAGUUGUCUGCUUCUCAAAAUAUUACUCAAAUAAUAGAACUGUUGGAUGAUUCCAGAUCCAAGGAAAGGUCCCUAAUUAACUGCAUCUCCAAGAAUCUUGCUUCUGCUGGUGAAGGAGAGAAGAUUUUGGUGUUUGUAUUGUACAAAAAGGAAGCUGCCCGUGUUGAAAAUACCUUGGCUAGGAGGUUUAAUGCUGUGGGUAUUCAUGGUGAUAUGUCUCAGGCCGCUCGCCUUCAAGCCCUCGAAAGUUUCAAGUCAGGUAAAUCCCCUGUUCUGGUUGCUACCGAUGUUGCCGCUCGUGGUCUUGAUAUCCCCAAAGUGCAACUUGUAAUCAAUGUUACUUUCCCUUUGACAAUUGAGGAUUAUAUCCACCGUAUUGGCCGUACAGGUAGAGCAAAUACCAAGGGUGUUGCUCAUACAUUUUUUACGCCUGAAGACAAGUCCCAUGCAGGUGAGCUUAUUAAUGUUUUGCGUCAAGCUAAACAAGAUAUUCCUGAGGGAUUAUAUAAAUAUGGUACAGCUGUUAAGCCCAAGUUGAAUGCUUAUGGUAAUCGUGUGACAAAUGACGCUCCUAUGAAAGCUGCUACUAAAAUUACCUUCGAUUGAGCUUAAUUUUCGUUAACAUUCUUCCUUCGAAUAGUAAAAGCAACCAGGAUUAUGUUUGUGGAUCUAUUGUUAUUGUUCAGUGUGUUAAGUGAAAAAAAAAACCUAUAUGCCGAUCUUUUUGGGAUUCCUUAAUAUUUUUGGUUUAAACAGAAAAAUAUAUCUUUUACGUUAACAAGGACAAGGUUUAUAUAUUUUACUAAAAAUUUUGAACAGGUUAAUUCUCCUUUCUGCCUUUGUAAUAAAGUUAUUUCACCUAAAGUUGAGUUAAAUUUGAAUCAAUAUUUAUUUUAAGGGAAAGACAAUGCUCAUUUUGCAAGUUUAUGUUUCUUUGCAUGUUCAAACCCAGUGACCUUCUUUCUUUUCUGUUUUUUCAUUUCAGCAUAGUUUUCUUCACUAUGAUACGAGGAAACCGGAGUUAACCAAACCUGCAAUUGUUUAGUAUGGAAGGGGAGAUUAAGUACAUCAAUGAAGUAGAUUCCUAUGUUCCUAAGUUCAAUAUUAGUAAAAACCAGUUUUCCAAAUAAUAACAUACGC